CCCACAGGUCGGUUGCUGCGGCACGCAUAUCCAGACAUCCGUUGCGGCAGCAAGAGACAGAGUCGUCUAGCCACCCACCUACGCAUGACCGAGCAGCUCGACGUCAUCACGACUCUCUGCACCUCCACACCAAGGUGCAACCGGUUCAUCAUCCUGCCGACUCAGCGCCGAGCCGGGCCCGCUUCCACAGUAGUACGAUGGCCGCAGCGGGAACAAGACGCAGGAAAAUCAUCGGCCAACGACGCCGCGUCGAGGAUGAGGGGGAAGACGAUACUGUCGUCGAGUCUUUAGCAGACCUCGAAGAUGACUCUGUGACCGACGGUUCCAUCGCGAGCGACGAACACGAUCCGGGCGACGAUAGCGAUACAAGUAACAUCGACGAUGUGUCUCCGACAUCGCCUAACGUCCGGAAACCCAUAGGCAACGGGCACGCGAAGGGCGGGUUCCGCCGCCGGACCGGUUCCGAGCCCACCAAGAGUCCGGCGGCCAAGCCACUGCAGCCCACAAUAGCCGACGCCGAGACUAUGCUCACCAAGCUGUCCCUCGCCGAGAAGGAGAACAGGCCGGAAGAGUUGCAUUUCGACGACAUCAAACAAGCGCCGCCUGCUAAGGACGCGGCCCCGAUUGUCGUGAGCUCGAGCGCUGCUUCUCAGCAACAGCCACGGCUGCCCUCACAGGAGCUCAAGAGGCGGGAGCACGAGGAGUACAGGCGGAGGAGGGACGAAGACCCAACCUUCGUUCCUAACAGGGGUGCUUUCUUCCUGCACGACCACCGGCAUGCUGGCCCUGCCGCGAAUGGCUUCCGGCCCUUUCCGCGGGGGGCUCGUGGUCGGGGACGAGGGGCGUUUGGAAGCGCUUUCGUCCCGCUCAGCCAAAUCCCAAAUGUGCCGGAUCCGAUAGCGAACGGGGUAUGGAAACAUGACAUGCACGAAGUAGUCGCCGAGCCGCAACCGCCACGGCAGACCCGCUACCUUCCUAACAACGAGGGCCCCCCGAACGGUAACGGCAUCAUUCCUACCGCGCCGACAAGCAAGACGCCGAUUAAUCGAGCCAUGUCAACCGAAAAGCACAUUGGUAACGCGACGAUCAGGGUGUUUCUACCGCCAAUGACUGCGCCCAAGCUCUUCCCCGGCGUUGCAUUGAAGCAAUACACGAAACUACCCGAUCACCGCCCACCUCUUCGCCGCGACAAACCUGUUCGGAUUUCUCUCCCCGACCACGAUCCUCCCGUGAUGCCGCGUUACAUCUUCCCGGCCAGUGACAGAUCGUUCAUCUUUAUCCCGCGCGCAAUGCGGCCGAAUCAGCAACGGACGAGGGGUAAAGGUCCACGGUCGAUACUAGGCUCAGGGGUUUUCUCGCGCGGGACUAGUAUGUGGGGCGGCAGUGUUUACGGGAGCAUCUACUCCCCCAGUAUCGCUCUCAGCCGGCGGUCAUCCAUUGCCCCCGACCUUAGUAGGGAGUUCUUGCUCUCACCAACGGGUUCCGCCAUCUCACGCGCCCCGAUCCCGGUCGAUACUGUACGACCCGUCGUCCGGCUCCCCCCGCUAGCUCAACCACCAGUUGGGCCGAUGCCUAUCCCGCCCAGGUCUGAUGCUCUUCAAAAAGCACCGGAGACGUCUAUCAGCGAGCUCCCACAGCCACAGAUGCACCCACUCCCGCAAAAACCCGCCUUCCAAGAAAACCGUCCAAACACAAUACCUAUGCACCAACCACGUCCACAGAAGACUGUCUCCGUUGAGAACAUCGAGUCACCCGCUCAGCAGACGACAAACGCUCCGACUCCCUACCAGCAGGCCUUUCAUCAACAGGUUCCGCCGCAGGUGUCCAGUGGUUUCGCCCAAGAGUCACACGCGCGGAAUCUAUCCUAUCAGUCGCAAUUCUCCUCCGCCACACCCCUGUCACAGAUCCCGGAGCGUGCCGUCCAUGCCGCUCCUUUCCAGCCCAACACGUAUGCCCAACCCGGUUUCUACGGCCAGCAAUACGCAACGAUGCAGCCACAGCAGGGUUUCUACUAUCCCCAAGCAUUUGGCCCCAACAUGGGGCCUAACGCAAACGCUCCCACCUUUGUCCCGGCAACACACCAGCAGCAGCCCCAGCCGGUCCCUUAUACGCAGCCGGCCCAAGGCGACGGACCUGCUGCGCAGCCCCCCGCGCAAGGCACGCCGUCUCAGAACCUCGUGGAACCCCGCGAGUCCCAAGGCACCGUGUACUACGAUUAUUAUUCUCAGGUGGGCCCCAUGCCCGGCUACGCACACUUUCCGCCGCCUGGCCAACCCUAUGCUCCUCCCGGCAUGGUGGGCAUGGGCAGUAUGAUGACGCCCAGUCCCGACACGUUCUACUACCAACAGCCCAUGAUCUACUAUUCCCAGUAGUACGGGAUAGUAACGAAGACCGCCAGUCUUGUGCUCUCGACGCCGGGCAUAGGUCCUUUCAAUGGCCUGAAGACUUCCACGGUGGUAGGCUGAAGCAUGCGAGUGGUGUUGGACUGGACUUCUCGGGA